AUGGGGUUACAAGGAGUUACAAUUGAUUACAGGGGGUUACAGGGGGUGACAAGGGGUUACAAGAGGUUACAGGGGGUUACAAGGGGUUUCAAGGGGUUAAAAGGGAUUACAGGGGGUUACAAGGGGUUACAAAGGCUUACAGAAGCUUACAACGAGUUACAAGGGGUUACAGAGGUUUACAAGGGGUUACAGAGGGUUACAAGGGGUUACAAGGGAUUACUAGAAGUUACAGCUGGUUACAGGGAGUUACAAGGGGUUAAAUAGGUUAAAAAGGUUACCGGAGGGUAUAAGGGUUUAAAGGGUUACAAGGGAUGACAAGGGGUUACAAGUGGAGACAAGGGGUUACAGAGGGUUACAAGGGGUUACGGGGGGUUACAAGAGGUUACAAGGGAUUAUAUGAGGCUACAGGAGGUUACAGGGAGUUACGAGAUGUUACAGAGGUUUAGAGAGGGUUGCAGGGUGUUAGAAGAGGUUAAAAGGGCUUACAGGGGUUGCAAGGGGUUACAGAGGGUUACAGAGGGUUCAAAGGGGUUUUAAGAGGCUACAGGGGUUUACAGUGCGUUUUAAGGGUAAACACGGGGUUACAAUGGGUUCCCAGGGGUUACAGGGGGUUACAAUUGAUUACAAGGUGCUACAGGGGGUUUAAAGGUUCUACAAGAGGUUGGGGGGUUACAUGGGUUUAAAAGAGGUGAAAAGGGAUUACAAGGGUUUACAGAGGGUUACAGAGGGUUAAAAGGGGUUAAUGACGGUUACAAGGAGUUACAGGGAGUUACAAGGUUUUAAAAUGGUUAGAAUGGGUUACAAGGACUUUCAGGGGGUUACAAUGGGUAACAACGUGUUACAAGGGGUUACAGCGGGUUACAAGUGGUUACAAAUGGUUACAGAGGGUUACAAAGGGUUGCAGGGGGUUACAAGUCGUUACAAGAGGUUACAAGGAGUUACAGGAGGUUACCGGGGGUUACAAUGGGUUACAAGGGGUUACAAUGGUUUACAUAAGGUUACAGGGUGUUAAAAGGGGUUACAGGUUACAGGCCGUUACAAGGGGUUACAAAAGGUUACAUGGGGUUACAACUGGUUACAAGAGGUUACAGGGAGUUACAGGGGGUUACAGGGAGUUACCAGUGGUUACAAGGGGUUACAAGGGAUUACAGGGGGUUACAGGGGAUGACAAGGGGUUACUAGAGGUUACAGGGGGUUACAAGGGGUUAGAAGGGGUCACAAGGGAUUAGAGGAGGUUACAGUGGGUUAGAAGGGGUUACAAAGGCUUACAGAGGCUUACAACGGGUUACAAGGGGUUACAGAGGGUUACAAGGGAUUGAGCGAGGUUACAGCUGGUUACAGGGAGUUACAAGGGGUUAAAUAGUUUAAAAAGGUUUUAGGAGGUUAUGGGCGUUUAAAGGGGUUACAAAGGAUUACAAGGGGUUACAGAGGGCUACAAUGGUUAGAAUGGGUUACAAGGACUUUCAGGGGGUUAUAUGGGGUAACAACGUGUUACAAGGGGUUACAGCGGGUUACAGGGGGCUAGAAAAGUUUAAAGUGGGUUAAAGAGGGUUACAAGGGGUUACAAGUGGUUACAGAGGGUUACAAAGGGCUGCAAGUUGUUACAGGAGGUUACAAGGGGUUACAAGAGGUUACAAGGAGUUACAGGUGGUUAGAGGGGGUUACAAUGGGUUACAAGGGGUUACAAUUGUUUACAUAAGAUUAAAGGGGGUUAAAGGGGGUUAGAGGUUACAGGCCGUUACAAGCUAUUACAAAAGGUUACAGCGGGUUACAAGGGGUUACAAGAGGUUACAGGGAGUUACAAGGAGUUACAGGGGGUUACAUGAGGUUACAAGGAGUUACAAAGGAUUACAGGGGGUUACAGGGGGUGACAAGGGGUUACCAGAGGUUACAGGGGGUUACAAGGGGUUUCAACGGGUUACAAGGGUUUACAAGGGGAUACAGAGGGUUACAAGGGGUUACUAGGGAUUGCAAGAGGUUAUAGCUCGUUACAGGGAGUUACAAGGGGUUAAAUAGGUUAAAAAAGGUAACCGGAGGGUAUGAGGGUUUAAACGCUUACAAGGGAUGACAAGGGGUUACAGAGGGUUACAGGGGGGUAACAAGGGGUUACAAGGGAUUACAAGGGGUUACAAAGGGUUUUAGGGGGUGACAAGGGGUUAAAACAGGUUACAAGAGGUUACAACGGUGAGAGUGGAUUACAAGGGGUUACAAGGGGUUGCAAGGGUAGAAUGGGUUGCAUUGAGUUACAGGGGGUUACAAGGGGUUACAAGGGAUUACAUGAGGUAACAGGGGGUUAGAAGGGGUUACAAAGGGUUACAGAGGGGUACAACGGGUUACAAGGGGUUGCAAGGAAUUACAGAGGGUUACAAGGGGUUACAGGGGGUUAGAAGGGGUUACAAGGGAUUACAAGUGGUUACCGGCUGUUACAGGGGGUUACAAGGGGCUAUAAGAGGUCAAAAAGGUUAAAAAGGUUACAGGAGGUUACAGGGGGUUGCAAGGGGUUACAAGGGAUUACUAAGGGUUACAGGGGGCUACAGAGGGUGACAAGGGGUUACAGAGAAUUACAAAGGGUUGCAAGGGGUUACAGGGGGUUACAAGGGGUUACAAGUAGUUACAGUGGGUUGCAGGUGGUUAGAAUGGGUUGCAAGGGGUUACAAUGGUUUACAUAAGAUUAAAGGGGGUUACAGGGCACAGGCCGUUACAAGGGGUUGCAAAAGGUUACAGCGGGUUACAAGGGGUUUCAGGGGGUUACAAGGGAUUACAGGGAGUUAGACGGGGUGACAGGGGGUUUCAACGGGUUACAAGGGGAUACAAUAGGUUACAGGGGGUUACAAGAGUUUAACAGGGUUACAAGGGAUGACAAGGGGUUACAGGGGGUUACAGCGGGUUACAGAGGGUUACAAGGGAUUACAAGGGGCUACAAGGGGUUACAAAAGGUUACAGAGGGUUACAAGGGGUUACAAGGGGUUACAAGGAAUUAGAAGGGGUUACAAGGGGUUACAAGAGGUUACAGGCGGUUACAAGGGUUUAAAAGGGUUACAAGGGAUUACAAGGGGUUACCUGGGGUUACAGCUGGUUACAGAGGGUUAAAAGGGGUUACAGGGGGUUACAGAGGGUUACAGCGGGUAACCAGGAGUUAAAAGGGGUUACAGGGAGUUUUAAAGGUAUACAAGGGGCUACAAUGGGUUACCAGGGGUUACAGGGAGUUACAAGGGAUUACAAGGGGUUACAGGGAAUUACAGGGGGUUACAAUGGGUUACAGAGGUUUACAAGGGGUUACAAGGGGUUACAAGGGGUUAGAGAGGGUUGGAAAGGGUUACAACAGGUUACAAGGGGUUACAAGGGGUUACAGUGGGUUACAGAGGUUUACAAGUUGCUACAAGGGGUUACAAAUAAUUAGAAGGGGUUACAAGGGGUUACAAGAGGUUACAGGGGGUUACAAAGUUUUAAAAGGGUUACAAGGGAUUACUAGGGGUUACAGGGGGUUAGAGCGGGUUACAGAGGGUUACAAGGGGUUACAAGGGGCUACAAGGGGUUACAAAGGGUUACAGAGGGUUACAAGGGGUUACAAGGGGUUACAAGGAAUUAGAAGGGGUUACAAGGGGUUACAAGAGGUUACAGGCGGUUACAAGGGUUUAAAAGGGUUACAAGGGAUUACAAGGGGUUACCUGGGGUUACAGCUGGUUACAGAGGGUUAAAAGGGGUUACAGGGGGUUACAGAGGGUUACAGCGGGUAACCAGGAGUUAAAAGGGGUUACAGGGAGUUUUAAAGGUAUACAAGGGGCUACAAUGGGUUACCAGGGGUUACAGGGAGUUACAAGGGAUUACAAGGGGUUACAGGGAAUUACAGGGGGUUACAAUGGGUUACAGAGGUUUACAAGGGGUUACAAGGGGUUACAAGGGGUUAGAGAGGGUUGGAAAGGGUUACAACAGGUUACAAGGGGUUACAAGGGGUUACAGUGGGUUACAGAGGUUUACAAGUUGUUACAAGGGGUUACAAAUAAUUAGAAGGGGUUACAAGGGGUUACAAGAGGUUACAGGGGGUUACAAAGGUUUAAAAGGGUUACAAGGGAUUACUAGGGGUUACAGGGGGUUAGAGCGGGUUACAGAGGGUUACAAGGGGUUACAAGGGGUUAGAGGGAGUGACAGCGGGUUACAAGGGGUUACAAGGGGUUACAAGGGGUUACAAGGGGUUACAAGGGGUUAGAGAGGAUGAAGAGGGGUUACAGGAGGUUACAAGGGGUUACAAGGGGUUGCAAGGAGUUUCAGGGGGUUACAAGGUGUUACAAGGGGUUACAGGGAUUUCAAGGGGUUAGAGAGGGUUACAGAGGGUUACAUUGGGUUAGAAGGGGUUACAGGGGGUACAAGGGGUUAGAGUGAGUUACAAGAGGUUACAAGGGGUUACAAGAGGUUACAGGGGGUUACAAGGGUUUAAAAGGGUUACAAGGGAUAUUAAUGGGUUAAAGGGGGUUAAAACGGGUUACAGAGGGUUACAAGGGGUUACAAGGGGUUACAGAUUGUUACAGAGGGUUACAACGGGUUACAAGGGGUUACAAGGGGUUAGGGAGGGUUAAGAGGGGUUCCAGGAGGUUACGAUGGGUUACAGGGGGUUACAAGGAGUUUCAGGAGGCUACAAGGUGUUUCAAGGGGUUACAUGGGGUUACAAGGGGUUACAGAGGGUUACAAGGGGUUACAAGGGGUUACAAGGGAUUACAAUUGGUUACAAGGGGUUACAACAGGUUACAGGGGGUUACAAGGGUUUAACAGGGUUACAAGAGAUUACAAGGGGUUACAGGGGGUUACAACGGGUUACAGAGGGUUACAACGGGUUACAACGGGUUAGAGAGGGUUAGAGAGGGUUACAACGGGUUACAAGGGGUUACAAGGGGUUCAGAGGGUUACAGAGGGUUACAAGGGGUGACUAGUGGUUACAAGAGGUUACAUAGGGUUACAAGGGUUACAAGGGGUUACAAGGGAUUAGAGAGGGUUACAGCGGGUUAGAACGGGUUACAAUGUGUUACAAUUCGUUAGAGAGGAUUAGAAGGGGUUACAGGAGGUUACAAGCGGUUACAAGAGGUUUCAAGGAGUUUCAGGGGGUUACAAGGUGUUACAAGGGGUUACAGGGGGUCACAAGGGGUUACAGAGGGUUACAGAGGGUUACAAGGGGUUACAAGGGGUUGCAGGUGGUACAAGGGGUUACAGGGAGCUAGACGGGGUGACAGGGGGUUUCAAGGGGUUACAAGGGGUUACAGAGGGUUACAAGAGGUUACAAGGGGUUACAAAAGGUUACAGGGGGUUACAAGGGUUGAAAAGGGUUACAAGGGAUUACAAGGGGUUACCGGGGAUAACAGCGGGUUGCAGAGGGUUAAAAGGGGUUACAAGGGGUUACAGGGGGUUACAAAGGUUUAAAAGGGUUACAAGGGAUUACUGGGAGUUACAGGGGGUUACAGCGGGUUACAGAGGGUUACAAGGGGUUACAAGAGGUUACAAAGGGUUACAGAGGGUUACAAGGGGUGACAAGUGGUUACAAGAGGUUAAAUGGGGUUACAAGGGUUUAAAAGGGUUACAAGGGAUUACAAGGGGUUACAGGGGGUUACAGGGGGUUACAGCGGGUUACAGAGAGUUACAAGGGGUUACAAGGGAUUAGAGAGGGUUACAGAGGGUUACAACGGGUUAGAAGGGAUUAGGAGGGGUUAGAGAGGGUUAGGAGGGGUUACAGGAGGUUACAAUGGGUAGCAAUGGGUUAUAAGGAGUUUCAGGGGGUUACAAGGUGUUACAAGGGGUUACAGGUGGUACAAGGGGUUACAGGGAGUUAGACGGGGUGACAGGGGGUUUCAAGGGGUUACAAGGGGUUAAAGAGGGUUACAAGAGGUUACAAGGGGUUACAAGAGGUUACAGGGGGUAACAAGGGUUUAAAAGGGUUACAAGGGAUUACAAGGGGUUACAGGGAGUAACAGCGGCUUGCAGAAUGUUACAAGGGGUUACAAGGGGUUACAAGGGAUUACAGAGGGUUACAGAGGGUUACAACGGGUUACAAGGGGUUACGAGGGGUUACAGAGGGUUACAAGGGGUGACAAGUGGUUACAAGAGGUUACAGGGGGUUACAAGGGUUUAAAAGGGUUACAAGGGAUUACAAGGGGUUACAGGGGGUUACAGAAGGUUACAGAGGGUUACAAGGGGUUACAAGGGGUUACAAGGGGUUAGAGAGGGUUACAGAGGGUUACAACGGGUUAAAAGGGAUUACAAGAGGUUAAAGAGGGUUAGGAGGGGCUACAGGAGGUUGCAAUGGGUUACAAUUGGUUACAGGGAGUUUGAGUGGGUUACAAGGUGUUACAAGGGGUUACAGGGGGUUACAACGGGUUACAGAGGGUUACAGAGGGUUACAAGGGGUUACAAGGGAUUACAUGGGAUUACAAGGGGUUACAAGGGGUUACAGAGGGUUACAAGGGGUUACAAGGAGUUUCAGGGGGUUACAAGGUGUUACAAGGGGUUACAGGGGGUUUCAAGUGGUUACAAGGGGUUACAGGGGGUACAAGGGGUUACAGGUAGUUAGAGGGGGUGACAGGAGGUUUCAAGGGGUUACAAGGGGUUACAGUGGGUUUCAAGGGGUUACAAGGGGUUACAGGGGGUUACAGAGGGCUACAAGGGGUUAAAAGGGGUUAGAGAGGGUUAGAAGGGGUUACAGGGGGUUACAAGGGGUUUUAAGAGGUUUUUGAAGGAGUUACAGGGGGUUACAAUGGGUUACAAGGGGUUAUAAUGGUUGACAAGGGGUUACAGGGGGUUAAAGGGGGUUACAGUGGGAUACAAGGGGUUACAAGGGGUUACAGGGGGUUACAAGGGGUUACAAGGGGUUACAAGAGUUAGAAUGGGUUGCGAGGAGUUACAGGUGGUUGCAAGGGGUUACAAGGUGUUACAGGGGGUUACAAGGGGUAACAGAGGGUUACAGAGGGUUGCAAUGGGUUUGAAGUGGGUACAGGCCUUAUAAGGGGUUACAAAAGGUUACAGAGGGUUACAAGGGGUUAGAAGAGGUUUCAGGGAGUUACAGGGGUUUACAGGGAGUUACAGGGGGUUACAAGGGGUCACAUCGGAUUACAACGGCUUACAGCGGGUAACAGGGGGUUACAAGGGGUAGAAGGGGUUACAAGGGGUCACAGGGGUUACAAGCGGUUACAAGGGGUUACAGAGUGUUACAGGGAGGUUACAAGGGGUUUCAAGGGGUUACAUGGGGUUACAAAGGGUUACAGGUGGUUACAAUGGGUUACCAGGGGUUACAGUAGGUUACAAGGGAUUACAAGUGGUUACAAGAGGUUACAGCGGGUUACAAGAGGUUACAGGAGGUUACAAGGAGUUACAAGGGGUUACUGGUGGUUACAUGGGGUUACAAGUGUUACAAGAGGUUACAGGGAGUUACUGAGGGUUUUAAUUGGUGAGAAGGGGUUUUAGGGUGUUUUGAAGAGGUUACUUUGGGAUAUCAACGGGUUACAAAGGGUUACUGGAAGUUACAAGGGGUUACAGGGAGUUACAAAGGGUUACAGGUGGUUACAAAUCGUUACGACGGGUUACCAACGGUUAGAGGGCAUUUUUAGGAGUUUCAAGGGUUAGGAAGUUGUAGGGGUAAUAGGAGGUUACAGGGGGCUGUAAGGGGUUAUAGGGGGUUACAAGGGGUUACAAGAGGUUACAGGGAGAUACAGGUCCGGGUUACAGAGAGUUACAAGGGGUUACAAGGGAUUACAAGGGGUUACAGGCGGUUACGAGGGGUUACAGAGGGUUACAGGGGGUUACAAGGGGUUACAGGGGGUUGCAAAGGGUUACAGGGGGUUAGAAGGGGUUACAACGGGUUACCAUUGGUUACAGUUGGUUACAAGGGAUUGCAAGUGGCUAGAAGAGGUUAGAGGGGGUUACAAGGGGUUACUGUGGGUUACAAGAGGUUACAGGGAGUUGCAGGGGGUUACAAGAGGUACAAGGGGUUUACAAGGGGUUUACAAGGGGUUACAAGGGAUUACAAGGGGUUACAGGGGGCAACAGGGGGUUACAAGGGGUUACAAGAGGUUACAAGGUGUUACAAGGGGUUACAAGGGAUUACAAUGGGUUUUAGGUGGUUACAAUGGGUUACGAGGGGUUACAGGGGGUUACGGGGGGUUACUAGGGGUUACAAGGUUUUACAGUUUUUUACAAAGGGUUACAGGGGGUUACAAUGGGUUACAAUGGGUUACCAGGGGUUCCAGUUGGUUACAAGGGAUUACAGGUGGUUAGAAGAGGUUACAGGGGGUUACAAGGAGUUACAAGGGGUUACAGGUGGUUACAUGGGG